AUGCUCCCCUAAACCUCGCGCCGCAAACUCAGUCUCGGUCCCCGCAGGUGAUGUCAUGCCCAUUGUUUUGGUGCGCCCGACCAAUCGGACUCGCCGCCUGGAUUCUACCGGAGCCGGCAUGGGCCCUUCCUCGCACCAGCAGCCGGAGUCUCCGCUCCCGACCAUAACGCAUUGCGCAGGGUGCACCACCGCCUGGUCUCCCUGCAGCUUUAACAGCCCUGACAUGGAAACCCCAUUGCAGUUCCAGCGCGGCUUCUUCUCGGAGCCGCCGCCGCCGCCGUCGCGCUCCUCGCACCUGCAUUGCCAGCAGCAGCAGCAGAGCCAGGACAAGCCGUGCGCGCCCUUCGCGCCCCUCCCGCAUCCUCACCACCACCCGCACCUCGCGCACCAGCAGCCGGGCAGCGGCGGCAGCAGCCCAUGCCUCCGGUGCAACAGCUGCGCCUCCUCCGGUGCCCCGGGGGCGGGGGCGGGGGAUAACCUGUCCCUGCUGCUCCGCACCUCCUCGCCCGGCGGCGGCGCCUUCCGGACCCGCACUUCCUCGCCGCUGUCGGGCUCGUCGUGCUGCUGCUGCUGCUCGUCGCGCCGUGGCAGCCAGCUCAAUGUGAGCGAGCUGACGCCGUCCAGCCAUGCCAGUGCGCUCCGGCAGCAGUACGCGCAACAGCCAGCGUCCGCCUCCCAGCACCGCCAGUGCCACAGCCUGCAGCCCGCCGCCAGCCCCACGGGCAGCCUCGGCAGCCUGGGCUCUGGGCCCCCGCUCUCGCACUACCACCACCCCCCGCCCCCGGCGCCCCACCAGCACCACCAGCCCCAGGCGCGCCGCGAGAGCAACCCCUUCACCGAAAUAGCCAUGAGCAGCUGUAGGUACAACGGGGGCGUCAUGCGGCCGCUCAGCAACUUGAGCGCGUCCCGCCGGAACCUGCACGAGAUGGACUCCGAGGCGCAGCCCCUACAGCCCCCGGUGUCUGUCGGAGGAGGUGGCGGCGCGUCCUCCCCGUCUGCAGCCGCGGCCGCGGCCGCCGCCGCUUCGUCCUCAGCCCCGGAGAUCGUGGUGUCCAAGCCGGAGCACAACAACUCCAAUAACCUGGCGCUCUACGGAGCCGGCGGCGGAGGCAGCACUGGAGGCGGCGGCGGCGGCGGCGGCGGCAGCGGGCAUGGCAGCAGCAGUGGCACCAAGUCCAGCAAAAAGAAGAACCAGAACAUCGGCUACAAACUGGGCCACCGGCGCGCCCUGUUCGAGAAGCGCAAGCGGCUCAGCGACUACGCGCUCAUCUUUGGCAUGUUCGGCAUCGUGGUUAUGGUCAUCGAGACCGAGCUGUCGUGGGGCGCCUACGACAAGGCGUCGCUGUAUUCCUUAGCUCUGAAAUGCCUUAUCAGUCUGUCCACGAUCAUCCUGCUCGGUCUGAUCAUCGUGUACCACGCCAGGGAAAUACAGUUGUUCAUGGUGGACAACGGUGCAGAUGACUGGAGAAUAGCCAUGACUUAUGAGCGUAUCUUCUUCAUCUGCUUGGAGAUACUGGUGUGUGCUAUUCACCCCAUACCUGGGAAUUACACGUUCACAUGGACGGCCCGGCUUGCCUUCUCCUAUGCCCCAUCCACCACCACCGCUGACGUGGAUAUCAUUUUGUCUAUACCAAUGUUCUUAAGACUCUAUCUGAUUGCCAGAGUCAUGCUUUUACAUAGCAAACUUUUCACUGAUGCCUCCUCUAGAAGCAUUGGAGCACUUAAUAAGAUAAACUUCAAUACGCGUUUUGUUAUGAAGACUUUAAUGACUAUAUGCCCAGGAACUGUACUCUUGGUUUUUAGUAUCUCAUUAUGGAUAAUUGCCGCAUGGACUGUCCGAGCUUGUGAAAGGUACCAUGAUCAACAGGAUGUUACUAGCAACUUCCUUGGAGCAAUGUGGUUGAUAUCAAUAACUUUUCUCUCCAUUGGUUAUGGUGACAUGGUACCUAACACAUACUGUGGGAAAGGAGUCUGUUUGCUCACUGGAAUUAUGGUAAGUGUCUUUUCACUGUCCAUCUCUUUUAUAAAUACUCAAUGCUACUUAGUCCAUUCCAUCUAUGUGUAUAAGUCAUGGUAAA